AUGAUGAACUUCAAUGAUAAUGAUAAUAAUAACAAUAGAUUGAUUAAUCAUUCACAAAGUCCGAUUAUUCAAAACUGUCAAGGAUGGUAUCCAUGUCCUUCCAGUCAAGAUGAAUCCAUACAAGUGCUACAAUAUAAACAAAAGAAGAAAAGUCGUGGAAAUCGAAAACUACAACGUUAUCGUCGAAAACUUCGCAAGCAAGGUAUGGAUACAGAUACCAUUAUUCGCAUAACAGAUGUAAGGGUCGACAUUGACUCAGAACGAAGUAAUGAAAUUAUGACGCAAAGUAUUGAAACAACAAAUUCAGUUGUUAUUGAGACAAUAUGUGAUGAAAUAGCAAUGGUAGAAAAAAACGAAAAACAUGUGAAUAUAAAUAAACAUCAACUAGUUUCACCGAAGCAACCAAAUUUAAAACGUCUUAUACAUACAAAUAAAGUUAAUUCUUUAACAUUUGUUCAACCGUUGAAGAAAACAUCAACAAGUAACAGUAGUCCAGUCGAUUAUACAAAUAUACCAGAUCAAAUCUUUUUUCAGAUGUUGUCAACAGCUUUUAAUGAUGUAGAUAAACUUGGUUAUUUUUUAAAUGAAAAAGAGAAAAUCGAAUUUAUUCGUGAAUAUACUAGUUUGAUUGAUCGAUUAUCUUAUGUAAAAUUACAAGAACAACAAUGGAAUUAUUAUUAUCAUAUUGGUAUGACGCAAAAUAUUUGGUCAAGUCGUAUUUCAAAACCUUUAAGUAAGAAAAAUUCUAUAUGUAACACAUAUGGUAAAUCAAAAACAAUCCUCGAACGAUAUCGUAAGAAUUUUUCAAAAGAAUUAUCACAAGCACAAUAUAGAAUUGAAUUGUUUGAAAAACAAAUACUUUUCAAAUCUGCACAACAUAUCGAUUGUUCAUCUGAAAUAAAAAUAUUAUCUUUGAUCCUUAAUACAUUCGUCUAUGAUAAACAACAGAACUUACGGGAAGAAUUUGAAUAUAAAAGACAAAUGUUAAUUUUGGAUGCAGUUGAUCAUCGUUUAAUGCGAGCAUUUUAUAAUUUGGAACCAAAUAGCUCUCAGAUUAUUUCAGCAAGACUUAUUUGGAGAGCAACAGCAAAACGCGUACUGAUGAAUGAGCAGAUUGCUAUAUUGGAACAUCAUCUUAUAUCAAAACAACCACUAUCAGCAUCUACUCUUAUCGAUCAUACGAUAAAUCGUAUUGAACCAUCUCUUACAAAAUCAAUCAAUGUUAUGGUACAAGAUGAUACAUCAGCCAAUAUCUUAUCAUCUCAAUCUCAAAAAGUGAAUCAACUAAAACAUGAUAUUAUAAAUCAAAGUAUCAUAACUGCUCAUCAAAUGCCAGAGAAUUCUACUCAUAUUAUUCUAGAUAAAACACAUAGAUUAUUAACCAACAAACAUGAUGAUCAACACUCAUAUGAAAUACAAAUCACUGUGAUCAAUGCUAUUGAGAAUCGUCGAUUACAUAUGAUAAAACGUGGCAAUUAUAUGUUAGAAGAGAAGUUAGCAACCUAUUUGAAGAAAAGUUAG